AUGAUUGGCUUUGCUGGAGAUAAUGCAUCAGUUAUGAUGGGGAAGAAAACUGGUGUCCAGGCUAAAUUUAGGGAAUUAAAUGAAGAUAUUUUUAUAUUGGGAUGUAGAUGCCACUCUCUGCAUUUGUGUUCUUCUGCUGCCUGCACUAAAUUACCUAAAUCAGUUGAAGAAUUUGUCAGAAAUUUGUAUAAUCAUUUUUCCAACAGUCCCAGAAGAAUAGAUGAGUUUGAGGAAUACCAAAAGUUCUUGCAGCUGAAACCUCACAAAUUGCUACGACCAGCUCAGACUAGAUGGCUGUCUUUACAAAUAAGUUUUGAAAACAGAAAAAUAAAUUUAGAACAUAUAUAG